CCAAAAAAUCUCCUCCCACAAAAUGUGUCACUGAAAUAACCGAAAAAAGUCUCACCACCAAACCACGCUGACUCACCAUCAUUACAUGUUUUGCCUCUCUUAUGCUAAAUAAGAAUGCAGACUUUGUGCAAAUUACUUUACAAUCUUCAGUUUUUGAAGUUCAUACUUUUGGGGAAUACCUUUACUUGCUGUUUGUUGCAGCCGAUGUACAUCAACUGUACAUUUCGUUUGUCCUCCAUAGUUCCGUGCAGUUCCAUCAUGCUGAACUGCUCUCGACCAGACCCGCCCUCCCUGCUGGAGGCUCUCCAACCGGUCUUCAAACUGAGCUCCAUUCGACCUGUCAUGGAUUUGUCCAACCCCACUAAUGUCAGCAUCGACUUCACCCUGUUUGGCAUUUUGGGGGUGGAUGAGAAGGCCCAAGUCCUGAAAACGUUUAUUUGGCAGGAAUUAGAAUGGAGAAAUAACUUUGUCCGCUGGGACCCAGAACAGUGCGGUUCUACAUGGAUUACAAUUCCAAGGAAACUGCUCUGGGUACCAGACGUGGUCAUCAAUGAAUUUAUGGAGAAGAACUCAGCUCCAUUCGUCCCAUACAGCUAUCUGUUUCAUGACGGCUUGGUGAUCGAUAAACAGCCUGUCAAAGUCAUCAGCUCCUGCAGGCUCGACAUCUACACGUUUCCAUUUGACAUCCAGAACUGCAGUUUAAGCUUCAACCCCUACAUACACCUCCUAAAAGAUCUGCGACUUAACGUCUCAUCAACUGUAGAGGACAUUUUUAAAAACUCCAAAGAAGUGAUGACAACUAUGGGCGAGUGGGAACUGGUUGGAAUCGCAGUGAAGAUAUCUGAAAUACCAGCUGGUGAUGAAUAUUACCACGAGAUUCGCUUCUUUGUGUCAGUGAGGCGCCGGGCCACCCUGUACGUGGUGAACCUGCUGAUCCCCAGCUGCUUCCUCAUCACAGUGGACCUCUUCAGCUUCCUUCUGCCUCCCAAGAGCGUCGACAGGUCCUUGUUCAAGAUGACCCUCAUCCUGGGCUACACCGUCUUCCUGCUCAUCAUGAACGACAUGCUGCCUGUCACUGGAAACACCAUACCUCUCAUAAAUGUGUUCCUGUGUCUGUGUCUGUCUCUGAUGGUGGCGAGUCUACUGGAGACUAUCGUCAUCACCAACCUGCUGUGUGGCUCCGCUCACUACUCUCCAGUCCCUCGCUGGGUCCGAGUGUUUGUCAUUCACAUCCUGGGCCGCCUGGUGUGGCUUCCUCCAAAGCCUGGAGACCUAGAGGACACGGUCAUCCAAAAUCCUGCCGCACAAGAAAUGACCUCUCUGGUGGUGGAGGACAGGGGGGCUCCAGAACAGAAGGGAUCGCUGGAUGGGGACAAGGCCCUGCAGGAGCUGAGGAGCCUGGGCAGGGACCUCCAGGCCAUCCACCUCCAGGUGAAGCAGCAGCUGGUUGGAAGCCAGAGCUCAGAGGAGUGGAUCCAGGUGGGUUUCAUCAUCGACCGCCUGCUGUUCGGCCUCUACGUCCUCUUCAUAUCAGUCAGCUUCAUUACCAUCACCAUCAUGUGGUGGCAGUCGUACAGCACAUCUGGAUUAUGAUUUUAAGUUUGGGUUUUUUUCCAUAUUUGGGGCAAGUUUCUGAAUGAUCAGUUGUUAACAUGCUUUCACACAUUCAGAGGAAGGUUGAGGGUCGGUUGAAUUUUUGCAUUUGAAAGUAUAAUGUUGCACCUUUUCACAAUUCAUCCUGUUUUGUGUUAUAUUCUAUAAUUUAAAAUGAUUUUGUUAAAAGUUCUUUAUAAGGACACUGGGACUCAGGAACAAACAUGUGAAAGAGUUAACAGUCCUGCUGAGUCUUAUCUGGCAUUGUCAGUAAAUCAGCAAAUAUUUGCAUACUUCAACAGACCACUGGACUCGCAGUAAUCACUUUACUCUGGAGGUCUCCAGUACACGAAACAGAUGCGUCUUACAAGUUCUUCUAUUUGCCCUUUUUUUCCUGGGAUAUUUUUUUAUUUGACAAUAAAAACAGUUUUUGCUCAUGAUUAAUGAGUGUAUUAGAAAUCCUUCAUUGCAAUAUUGUUUUGUGAUUUUAGAACAUAAUUGGAUUUUGAUCAAGGUAAGAGGUGUUUCCCAAAACCAUCUUAACUGAAGACAGUCUUGAUGACACUGAUGAUUAUAAGUUAACGAGGGUCUACCACAGGAGUGGAAAAAACUCUCCUACCUUAUAAGAUCAGUUGUUAUUGGGACUGUAAUUCUCUGUAGUAUAAUGCACUAAGACAUGAGAAUAUAUUAUACCCAUUAACUGUAGUUCCUCCUUUGCAUUUAAUAUUGAUAAUUAUAUGUAACGAAAUGAAAUAAUAAUAAUAUAAUAAAACAAGCUGCCAUGGUCUUUAUGGAUAUCAUCUCAUGUGUGUUUCUUUAUCUCUUUACACCUGAUUACAUCCAGCUUAGAUUCUUGGCACCACACACCUGGAACAAAUUUCAGUGUACUUUGAAGCUUGAUACUCUGG